CAUAAGUUGCUCAAUCAGAACUUGUGAUUGGAUAAUUUUGCGGAAUUGGUGGAGUGUUUAUUGCAAACAAACGAGCAAAUCCAAGAUGUCUGCGCCCAUGACAGUUUUUCGGGGGUUGCUCACUCCGUUAAAAACUUCAAGAUAUUGCUCUUUUGCAAUUAUCAAUGAAACAAAAAGAUGUUAUUGUUACAAUGGAAAGGUACGGGCUCUCGUGUACGCGGAAUAUGGAGAUCCGGUCAAGGUUAUGAAAUUGUCAGAGACUGAUCUUGCCCCUCUUGAGUCUAAUUCUGUGAAGAUUAAGAUGCUUGCCUCUCCUAUCAACCCAUCCGAUAUCAACACAAUUCAAGGUAUCUACCCAAUCAAACCUCAACUUCCAUGUGUCGGAGGGUUUGAAGGGGUAGGAGAGGUCACAGAGGUUGGAGGUCAAGUCACAGAGGUCAAACCUGGAGACAGGGUCAUUCCAGCCGUUGGCACACUAGGGACAUGGAGAAGUCAUCUUGUCUGUCCUGUCAAUCAUGUGAUGUCAGUACCUCUAGACACGCCCCCUCUGAUUGCUGCCACAUUAAAAGUCAACAACUGUACAGCGUUUCGCAUGCUCGCUGAUUUUGUGGAAUUACAACCAGGUGACUCUGUGAUUCAGAAUGCUGCAAACAGUGGUGCAGGCCAAGCAGUUAUUCAGAUUGCUGCCGCACGAGGGCUCAAGACAAUAAACAUAGUCAGAGACAGACCCAACCUGGAUGGACUGAUAUCUCAUUUACAAGAUCUGGGAGCAACAGCUGUAGUCACUGAGGAAUCUCUCAGAGGGCACGACGCGAAUAUCCUCAAAGAAAUGCCCAAACCUAAACUUGCCUUGAAUGCUGUGGGCGGCAAGAGUGCAAUCAUCACACUAGUCAAAGCUCUUGAUGACUGUGGGACAGUUGUCACGUAUGGAGGGAUGUCUAAGCAGCCGGUCAUGGUCCCAACAGGCUCAUUAAUAUUCAACGAUCUCAAGUUUGUUGGCUAUUGGAUGACCAGAUGGCAUGACAGGAAUGCAGGAAGCGAGGAAGCCAAGAGAAUGAUCACACAGAUCUGCCAGUGGGGCGUCUCUGGCCAGCUGAGGGCGCCCCAGCAUAGACUGGUUCCCCUGUCUGACUACGCCUCGGCCUUUGAAGCGGCUCAGCAGCCGUAUACUUCACAGAAGCAGAUUCUGACCUUCGAGGAGUGAGAUGCAUGAAAAAAGGUCAGAGGACGCGGAUAAAGCCCCGCAUUCCCGCCUCUCCGAAGCUGAUACCAUGGUUACGUAAGACUUUUCACCAGCGGGGGGCCCGGCCCCUGGUUGUCAAGGCGACCUCAGGUUCUCAUCGGCCGGAUUUUCCGCUCAGUGACUCCUAUCUUGGAUUCGUGACAAAAGAUCUGUACGUAAAAUGAUAUCUUUUACCCUCCCUUUGUUAAACCAUAGAACUUUCCGGUUUUUCCAGAAUCAACGGAUUGUUUUUAGGUUAGUUUCAUGUUUCUUUUCACCGAAUUUGAUCUUCAUUGUGGAGAUCUUAUUUCAGCAAAAUUUUAUCUCCACAGUGGACGAAACAUCGAGAAACAUCCCAAUCUCAAAUCAAAAUGAUCUUUUUCAAAUUGAUGAUUCAAAAAAAAUUGUUUGUCAAGAAUCAAAUAUUCACGAGGAAGCCAUUUUCGAUCGUGUUCCCUGAAUCUAUUUUGUAAUUGUAAACUGUUGAAUGGGACGGUGCCAGACUAUUUUAUGAUUGGCGUGCGUUCCAAGCCUCACGUUCAUUUUUUUUUUUGAAUUGUGGCUUAAAACAUCAGGGUAUAUGUUUGAUCAAAAGUUUUAAAUUAGUCAUCGGAGCAGAUUGGUAUUGAAUUUGUAAUUGACUAUAUUUCAUUGCUUUCAUUUCUGCUCGCAAGUUCCAAAAAAUGAAGAGUUUACCUCGCUUUCAAUUUAAUAUGGCCGACUCGUGAAAAAAGUAUUUUAACAGACGUCAUAGUGACUGAUUGUCCAUUCGACUUAAUUAAUACUCAGAUCCACAGAAUUCAUAAAGCAUUUAUACGUAGAAAGAGAAAGUUGUUUACGUUUAUUAACACACUGUUGUCCUAUUAAACACAAAUACGCAACACGGUUUGUGUUUCGCGUGAUCGUGCAAUCACCAUGUUCAAAAUGGACGACAGAAACGGACAGAGCAAAACGGCAGCGAAACAUAAGUCUUGGAAAAUAUUUGUGAUGUGUUUUAGAGCAACAUGAUUUAUACUGUGAAAAACACUGUUGUUGAAAUAUAUUUUGAUACACAGCCGAGUACAAAAUGGAUACUUCGUGCCUUUCGUAUUUAAAACCCUUAAUCCGGUAACAGUUUUCCUGACAAGGAACACGACUGGGAUCGAUCUAUUGUCCACUUCGGAACUGAGGAGCUGAGCUAGAAAUGGCGCCUAUCGGCCCCUUUCACGACCAGAAAAACUCAUCUCAAGCCCGCGCCAGUAUUCUACACUUGUACGUGUACACGGAAUGCGCCCAAAAUCACUCCGUUUCUGAAUCAACGAGAAAAUAGACGAAUUAUUUCGAAUUAAAGAAAAAAAGAUACUUUUUUUUUAGUUCUGUAGACAUGGAAAGGUAUUAAGUGCUGUUGGUAUUACAAUUUAACUUCAUCUCACUUUUUAGUAGUUAAUUCAGGAAUGUCUAAUUUUUAUUAAAGUUCAGAUUUUUGACAAUCAGAUAAUGUCUGAGCCCUAAUUA